GCAUUGAGAUGGAAGUGGUCAACUUCUGUGCCAUUGGUAACGGAGGCUGCUCCCACAAAUGCAAGCACAGCGAUGAGGGUCCCAUCUGCUCCUGUAGAAAAGGCUACAAGCUGCAGGCGGAUGGCAAGUCCUGUGAAGAUGUUGAUGAGUGUAGGGGCUCCGAGAAAUGCUGUACGGAUCUGUGCAACAAUAACCCUGGUGGGUACACCUGUGGCUGUCAGCCUGGGUUUAUCCUCAACAUGGAUGGAUGUACCUGUGAUGAUAUUGAUGAGUGCCUUAAUGCUAAUGGAGAAUGUGAUCAGAUCUGUGUCAACUCUGUGGGAUCAUACAGCUGCACUUGCAACCCUGGUUAUAUGGCUAAUGGAAAGAAAUGUAUCCCGUCAGAGUCCUUGAUAGAUGACCGAGGCCCACAGCGAGGAGACCUGCCAAAGAUUAGAUACCAAGGCUCUCCCAGGCCUGUUCGGUGCAUUCCCGGCACAUUUGGGCCUGACUGCCUGUACACCUGCAAGAACUGCCUGAAUGGGGCCAGAUGUAACCUGCAGCAGGACGCCUGUAUCUGUCAACCUGGAUGGAGGGGGAUCUUAUGUAAUGAGAUGUGUCCUGAGGGCACAUAUGGCAAUGAUUGCAACAGUCCGUGCCGCUGCAAGAACGGAGGAAAAUGUGACCAUGUGACUGGGACCUGCAAGUGUCCUGCUGGUAUUGAGGGCGAGUUCUGUGAGGAUGGUUGUCCACCAGGUUUCUAUGGAGACAAUUGUGAUCAGGUGUGCCCGUAUAAGUGUGCAAGUGGCUACUGCAAUAGAAAACAUGGUGUAUGCAACUGCCGGCCCGGACGCUUCGGCUUAUCCUGUAACCAGCCUUGUCCUCCAUUUGCUUACGGCUAUAACUGCAUGCAACCAUGUAGUUGUAACAGAGAGAACUCCCAGGGCUGUGACCCUGAGACAGGGACAUGUGUCUGUAAGCCUGGGUAUGAAGGAGAUCGCUGUGAACACCAGUGUCAGCCUGGCUUCUUCGGCAAGAACUGUGAGAAGAAAUGUGAGUGUACUGAUGGCACAAAGUGCAACCACAUCACUGGUCAUUGCUUGAGGGAGUGUCCGGCUGGCUGGGCAGGUCCCAGGUGCGACGAAACAUGUGGCCCAGGGAAGCAUGGGAAAUACUGCAUGGAGGAUUGUGAUUGUGAAGGGAAUCACUGUGACCCGGAGACUGGCAAAUGUAUUUGUGCUGCUGGAUAUCAUGGAAGAAAGUGUAAAAAGUCAUGCCCUGAAGGCAGUUGGGGCAUCAGUUGCAAGAACAAGUGCAUUUGUGAGAACGGAGCUGCCUGUGACAAGAUCACUGGAGAAUGUCUCUGUCUGGAUGGCUGGUAUGGAGAACACUGUCAAGAAGCGUGUCCAAAGGACAGAUUUGGUGGUCUGUGCAUGAUGAAAUGUAUGUGUGAAAAUGGUGCAGCUUGCAAUCCUGUUGACGGGACCUGUUCUUGCUCACCGGGAUGGACAGGCCAGAUUUGUGAUAGAGGGUGCCCACCUGGUACAUUUGGACAAGACUGCAGGCAAAGAUGUGACUGUCGGAACAGUGCAGAAUGUGAUCCAGUUUCUGGGGAAUGUCUUUGCACUCCAGGAUGGAGGGGAUCUGCUUGUGACCAAAAAUGUCCUGCUGGUUUCUAUGGUGCUGGGUGCAGCCAGCCCUGCAGGUGCCAGCAUGGUGCAGCGUGUGAUCAUGUCAGUGGGGCUUGCAUGUGUACCGCAGGCUGGAGAGGCAGACAUUGUGAGAAGGCUUGCCCUGAUGGCUUCUAUGGCAUGGAAGAAGAAGAAGAUUUAAUCAUUUCAUUGUAUCUUUCAGCUGUGACCACAUAUCUGGUCAGUGCCACUGUGCGGCCUGGCAGUAUGGGGAAGUCCUGCAACCACAGCUGUCCAGUGGGCUUCUAUGGCAUGGAUUGUGAACAUGCCUGUGAGUGUUUGAAUGGAGCCACCUGUGAUCCUGUGACAGGUUCCUGUCUGUGUCAGCCUGGUUGGAGAUCAGCCCGAUGUGAAGAACCUUGCCCACCAAGGACUUAUGGACAGAACUGCAUGUAUCGAUGUUUCUGCAUGCAGCGAGGCACGUGUCAUCCUAUUGAUGGCAGCUGCAACUGCUCUACAGGUUGGCAUGGUGCUGUGUCAUGUGAUGAGGGAUACUUUGGCCCUAACUGUGAGUCAAGAUGUGACUGUGUCAACAGCAAGUCAUGUGACCGGUUCAACGGAGAUUGCACAUGCCAGAUUGGUUACAGGGGAAAACGCUGUGACAAAGCUUGCUCCAAGGGCUUCUUUGGCAAAGACUGUAAAGAAAUUUGCCAGUGCAAAAAUAAUGCUGCCUGUGACCCCAGCACUGGGAAGUGUACUUGCCAACAUGGUUGGACAGGCAAACUGUGUGAUGAAGCAUGCCCCUAUGGACUGUUUGGUGGUAACUGUAAGCAGAAGUGCACUUGCCCUCCUGGCCAAUCCUGUUACCAUGUCAACGGACAGUGUGAGUGUCCACCUGGCCUUACAGGCAAAAGAUGCGAGAGUCAAUGUGAACCUGGAAGGUUUGGGCCCAACUGCCAAGGUGUAUGUGAAUGUGGUGAAAAUAUGGUCUGCAAUCAUAUCACAGGACAUUGCAUGUGCCGUUCUGGAUUCUAUGGGAAGAAUUGUGACAAAGGUAACAAAGUUAAGAAUGGCAAACAUAAAGGUCCCAAGAAGCAGACCAGCAAUUUUACCAGGGCUAUGAUGAAUGACAAGGACAAGCUCAGCAAGCUCACUGCAG